UGAAUCCUAUUGUGAUUAGGAACUAAUUAGGACACCCCAAUCCUAGGCCACCUCGUGACCUUGGGCAGGGAUAUGAGAUGUAUAAAAGGUGGACAGGCUCAGAGCAUCCCAAACCCCUUGGCAUCUCCACGCCACAGUCGCUGCUAAACUCAGUUGCAAGUCCAGCUGCAAGUCCAGCCCAGAAUGUCUCAGCAGAAGCAAAAGCAGUGUGCUCCCCCACAGCAGUGCUGCCCCCCACCCCAGCAGUGCUGCCCCCCACCCCAGCAGUGCUGCCCCCCGCCUCAGCAGUCCUGCCCCCCAACUCAGCAGUCGAAACAGCCUUGCCAGCCUCCACCCAAGUGCCAACAGAAGUGCCCACCCCCUCAGCAGUGCCAGAAGUCCAAGCAGAAGUAAGCCCCUGGCCAGUGACCAGAAGCAAGUCCCCAGAGAAACAGAGCAUGAAGUAUCCGGAGUCAGCGUCCUGCAUCCCUUUCCUCAUCUGCCAAGAGUGGACCCACUCACCCCUGCUUCUGGAUGCAGCCACCCUUCACACUUGGGGGAAAGGCAGCACCAGGAUGGUGCUUCCUUGAUCUCUACCCCUUCUUAAUGAGCAGCUGCAGUUUCCAUCUCAGACAAGGAUCUGGUUCUAAACUGUCUAAUCAUCUUUGCUGACGUGCACCUACAUCACCCUGCUGGAAACUUGGGUGACACGCCCAGACACCCUUUCCCAUCACCCUUCCCAAACAAUUAAAUUAGAAUUCCUCUGGC